GCAUACGUAUAUGCCAAUGCGUUAGAAUGGUUGGAUCUGUCGUGUGCAAAACAGGUUAAUAGAAAUUGAAUUUUUGGCCCUGGGCCAGUCUAUCGAGUGUCUUCAUAAUGGCCACGCAGUUAGCUAAACCAUACCUGCGCGCUGCAGUCGUUAUUCUUGCGACACUAGAGUGUGGAGUCGCUGUCAAGCAGGUCUUGCACUAAGCGAUCACGGCUACUAAUCAUCGCAAAACUAAAGGCGAUACGAACGGUCUGUGAUCUUUGAAUGCAACAUGCAUGGCAUGCAAGAAUGAAUAAAAGAAGACAAACCCGCACGAAUGAUCACAAAACCUAAGCUAAAUGAUCAGGUUUUUUCGUCUGUUGGUUCAGUCUUGAAAAGUGGGAGAAAACGUACCCUGGACGUUAAAUCACGAUGAGUAAUUUUACGUCCAUCUCGUCACGCUGUAAGUGGUGAAAGUGUGUAGAGUUUGCUUCAAGAUCUUAUGAUGCGUCUCAGAUUGAACGUCUGCGAGUCACGCAUGAUCAGAAACGCCACCCUCGCAAGAGUGACAUCAGACAAGCCUUGGUAACUCAAUGUGACUUUUGACGGAAGCCUUUUUAUGCCAACAUUGGAGCAAAAUUGUUCAGGUAUUUCCAUUGAAUGUGAAGAUUGAAGCUGUCAAACAGGUGAAACAUGCCUCACUUCCAUUUGAAAUUUCGACUGCAUCGAGUGAUGGCAAAUGUCUACGCCUCGCUGCGCCUGAAGGUGGUGUGGAUUAUCCUGACUACUGCGUUCUCGAGGAUCGGCGCCGUGCCCAUCAUCAUCUUGACCUACCUGGGCUUCUCCCUGCUCGUGUCUGGCUUUGUGCUGACCGUGCUGGCCUACGCGCCUACCGACAGCUACCUGAUGGUUAUGAUCCAGGACAUGGGCGUCGCUGGCUUCGUCGGACCCGUCGCGCUCGUCAUCGGGCUGAUCAUCUUCGUGAUCGGCCUCAUUUUCUGCUUGUGCGGUAAGCGGGACGACGAUGACGAGUAGCGGCCGUUCGGAUGAACGCGACGACUACCAGGCCGAGUCCAGGGACGCGCGAUCGGGCUCUGUGUGGACGCGCCACCAGCGUCAGACAUACCAGCUUCGGGAGCCUGCAUAGCCCACCAGACCGCGUCUUAACCCACCACUGGCUUGCCCUGGCUUAGCCGAGGUGGUUGGUGCUGCCAAGACCGCGUCAUUGGCGUCGGAUUUUCGUACUUGAAGUGUUAAUUGUGCGUUUUGUUCUACGUAUAUGAUCAUAACUGCGCGGCCCGUAGACGUGUGGCUAGUUCGGGGUGCAGCAUGAGAUGCGCCUUUCGAAACCAUUGUCCGUGCUCCAGUUUCCGUAGCUGACGGUGAUGCGCCAUAAGAAAUGUCUGGGUGCGCCACGACAACGGGACGCUCGCCUGCUGGUCCCCAUGGGAGGGAUUCAGCAUUCACCGCCAUAUUUAGCUAACUUCAGAAUGCAGAGACAGUGUGCCAAGGCCAUUAGCUAAGGCACAGCCCAGCGUGCGUGAUGAACUCGCACGCGGUGUCCGGUAGGCCGAUUGUCACCAGGGAGACUGCGGACGCGGUCGUCAGCGUCGGAUGUACGACCGUGUCGGGUGCACCUGGCGAGAGCAGCGCGCCCAAGGCUAAGUUACAAAUAUAUCAUUUGAAGUGCGAGCGUGGCAUGAACACGGUUGGGGCUGUGUGGAAUAAAAGGAAAGGUCUCGUAUGGCACCUGGCCUUGACAUGCGACUCA